AAACAAACAAAUAGGUCGGUGAUAUAAAUAAGCACUCUCAUUGUGUGUUCGGCUAGUCAAAUCUUCAUGUUCCAAAUUUAAAGAUCACUCUGUAAAAGGAUUAAAAUAGUGUUUAUUAACCUAGAUGUUAAGUAUAUACAAUGGUCGAUCAAAUUGCUUCUAAAAAAUAUGAUCAUACAGUUCAGUGCAAAAGAGAAAAAGACAAAAUGGAUGUCCAUUUCUCACAUCAUUGCGGAGAAAAUAUAGAUCUUUCUGAGGAAAAACAAAAGGCAUCAUGGAAUCACAAAUAUUCUGGUGGAAUUGCAUUCUCUAGUCAGCCAUUACGACAAAACACUAAACUUAAACUGGAUUUAACUGGAACUGGACAUGCCUAUGUUGGAAUAAUAAAACGCGAUCCGGCUUCAGUAACAAACAUGCGAACAGCAUUAGUAAGUGACAUCGUUGUUGCAACAGAAGUUAAAGUGCAUAAAAGACUAGGUGCCGUUAAUAUAAUUUCCGAUACAAAAGACGGAAGGAAUUGUAUUAGUUUUGAAUCUUAUAAUGGAACAAAGGCCAUAGACAUUAAUAGCGAAGUCUGGUUGUUUUUGUACAUUAAAUUUGGAGAUAUGAUAGCUGUUCUACACUCAGAAACUAUCCAGGACAGAUGUUUUCAUCAUGUGACCGGAUGCAACAUUCGAUGUUUAGACGAGGACAGAAGAUCUGUUAAACUUCUAGUGGAAAAUCCCGCCGCAGUGUGCUGUCUUAAUAAAAAACUGAAACCGGGACAUUCUGUAACAUUUCAAACAAAAGCAAUAACAGAAAACAGAAAUAAACCAAGCCGGUGUCAUAUUAAACUUGGGAUUAUCAAUCUUGAUCCGUCCGAAUUAAAAUCACGUGACCCGGAAUCGUUCCUAGUUGACAGUAAAAUUGCGUGUCCAACACGCUGGAAUAUCGUCCAAAUAUUUUUGAAGGAAAAUAUUGACGGUGAAUUAAAAUUAUAUUUUACACAUACCGGUGAAUUGUAUUUUAGCCAUGACUCUGGAAUUGAAGGAACACACAAAUGCCAUUUAAACGAUACCUCGUCUGGAAUUUCAAUUAUAUUAGACUUAUUCCGAGCGGAAGCAAGUGUCUCAGAUUACCAUCAUGAAGAAAGUGGCGAAUUUGAAGAAAAAGACUAUGAUUACGUUCGACCGGAAGUUGAGAUAUCCGAAACUAUCAAAAAGAAACUUCAAAUUUCAGACAAACAACAUGAAAAAGAACGUUCGUCGCGGGAUCGUUUGUCGGAAGACAGUGGUUAUCUGGAAAUGGAAGAUGUGUCUGAUAACCACAAAACAUUAUCCCCUAAUUGUAAAAUAAGUCCUCGGCUUACAAGGUGUGGCAUGUACAGAAAAACCCAUUCGUCGUCUAAUGUUCAAGAAUGUAAAUAAAAUAUUAUUUAUGUGCAAUUUAUACAGAUAUGAGACAACGAACCAAGUCCAGCUUUUUAAAAAAGCUACCUUUUUCGGAUCUUUUGAGCCUUGUUUAGUGGUUUAACGAAUUUUAAAUAUUUGUUUAGGCACUAUAAAUACGUUAUAUGAUCUCAAUAGUAUGUAGGUUGUUUCAUGAUUAGAUAUGUUACAAUAGAGUUUUAAAAUUCAACAGCAUAUUUAAUGUGAUAAUGUUAAUUAUAUGGAUAAAUAUCCUAUAUCAUUCACUCUAAACAAGGCUCUCUAUUUCAUGAAUAUUAGUUUGAUAUAUUUAUUAGCUAAAAACCCCUGUUGAUAAUUUAUUGUUAAUCUAUUUGUUACAAAUAAAAAUAAAAAACAA